CUGGCACCAAGGGUAAAAGGUACGACAUGUGCAUUUACAGAGGCAAUCCUUCGACAGCAUGGCUUCAGCACAGGUUUCUUCAGCUCGCCACAUCUGGUCUCUGUACGGGAACGAAUCCGCCUAAAUGGCGAGCCUAUCAGUCAGUCACACUUCGCCCAUUCUUUUUGGAAUGUUUAUCGACGCCUGCAACAAGAACGAGAAUAUGAAUCCGAUAUGCCGACCUAUUUUAAAUUCUUAACAAUUCUUAUGUUCCAUGUUUUCCUAGAGGCGAAUGUCGAUGUAGCGAUUAUUGAAGUUGGAAUUGGUGGUGAACUGGAUAGCACCAAUGUCUUGCGAAAUCCGGUUUGUGUGGGUGUGACGAGCUUAGGUUUGGAACAUACCUCGCUGCUAGGUAACACGCUGGAAGAAAUCGCUUACCAGAAAUCGGGAAUCUUUAAGCCAUAUGCAGCAGCUUUCACGGUAUCACAACCAGAAUCGGCAAUGCGCGUUCUACAAAAUCGAGCUAUAGAGAGACAAUGUGAUUUACGAGUGGUUUCUAAUCUUCAAGAUAAAGAGUGGACUGAUGUUUUUUCGUUAGCAGGCAUCGAUGUUAAUGGCGUACAACAACAGAAUGUUCUGCUAUCGAUUAAUUUGGCAUUUGAAUGGAUGAAGUCACAUAACAAUCAGUCAGUUCUGGAUAAUAAAUAUGUCAAAGAUUUUCAUAAUAAUUUCAUAAACGACAAGAAUGAUUUAUCCCAAAUUAUUUCUCUAAACAAGAUUGCAACAGCAUUGGCGAAUUGCAAGUGGCCAGGACGCACACAGAUUCUAAGAACUAACACAGUAGAUUUCUUUCUGGACGGCGCUCACACGAUCGAAAGUAUUGUUAACUGUAUAUCGUGGUUCAAGAGAGUCAGCCGGGGAACUUCUAGCAAAUUCUUAAUAUUUAAUAUAAGUGGCGACCGGAAUUCUUUAGAAUUUUUAAAGUUGCUGAAAUCUUUGAACUUUGAUAAAGUUUACUUUGCUCCAAAUUACGCCGGAGUGACUAGUGUGGAGGAUUUAUCGGAUUACGCAUCGAUCGAAAAGCAAAGAAAACAGUGUAAGAAACACUGCGAGUUAUGGGGCAAGAAUUCAGUGAUGAAGAAUAGCAUCGCCGAAGUGCUUCAUGAUAUUAAGAGGCAUAUACCAUCGCAAACGAUCAAUCAGGAUAAAGUAGAGGUACUUGUAACAGGAUCCUUACAUUUAAUUGGCGCAUUAUUAACCAUUCUUGAUCCCACUUUAACAAUGACCAGUGAUUUUUAACAUAAAAUAUUAAAAUUCGAUUUGUUAUAAUGCUUAGCACAAGCACACGUAAGUCGGUACUGGCCAAAAUUUAUAAUUUUGGAGUUAGAAUUGAUAUCGAUUCGUGCUUACGUCUAUCGAUUGUCUACUUCUCGCUUUGUAGCUCUUUCUGUAAUGAGAUUGUUAAAAGUUUUUGAUGUGUAUGUAUGUAUAACGUAUGUAUGUGUAUAUAAUUUAUAUAUAUAUAUAAAAUUG